AUGGUGCAAGCCACGCUAAGAUCUGAACGUUAUAGGGAUUUGAGUAUGGCGCAACGCGUGGUAGGCCAGCAGCCACAUAUCAUGCUAAGGUUCAGUGAACGCCAGCUGGUACAUGCUGCAAAUAUCUUCCCGCAUCGAACAGACAGCAGUCGCAUUGAGGGUUUAUGUAGUUCGGCUGAGAUCCUUUGCGGUGCCCAAUCAUACUCCGGACAUGAUGGGGUGGGUAUAUCGACACCUCUUUUUCGGCCAUGUGAUUGGACGUGUGCGAUAGAUGUAUGUAUGGAGAUGGCUGGUGACAAAACGAUGUACAAUCGAUUGCCGAUCCCCCAACCCCAAGUGAAAGGUGCAGGCGCUGGGCGCUCCACAGCUCGGAAGCGAGACGGCGUUGCGGAAGCAAGGGAACCCACCCUCUCAGCGGCGGUCGAGGAACGGGUCUAG